CUCUUCCAGUGACUGACUGACCACAUACCCACCCCAAGUACCAUGGAGUCCUUCAGCUCAAAGAGUCUGGCGCUACAAGCGGAGAAGAAGCUACUGAGUAAAAUGGCUGGUCGGUCCGUGGCUCAUCUCUUUAUCGAUGAGACCAGCAGCGAGGUGUUAGAUGAGCUUUACCGUGUGUCCAAGGAGUACACGCACAACCGGACCAAGGCACAGCGGGUGAUCAAAGACCUGAUCAAGGUGGCGGUCAAGGUGGCUGUGCUGCACCGCAGUGGCUGCUUUGGUCCUGGGGAGCUGGCUCUGGCUACACGGUUUCGCCAGAAGCUACGGCAGGGCGCUAUGACAGCACUUAGCUUUGGUGAGGUGGACUUCACUUUUGAGGCUGCUGUGCUCGCAGGCCUGCUCAUCGAGUGCCGGGACAUUCUUUUGGAGCUGGUAGAGCACCACCUCACACCCAAGUCACAUGACCGCAUCAGACACGUGUUUGAUCACUACUCUGAUCCGGACCUGCUGGCUGCCCUCUACGGGCCCGACUUCACUCAGCACCUUAGCAAGAUUUGUGAGGGGCUCCGGAAGCUGCUCGAUGAGGGGAAGCUCUGAGGCCCCUGGGUCCAGCACAUUGGACUUUGGCAAAAUGACUGACCGGGCUUUCUAACUCUGCACAAAUGCUUGUCAAUCCCCUGGCUUCAUUCUCUCCCAAGAGUGUUGCUGACACCAAGGCAAUCCCCACCCCCAAAGUGCUGGGAGCAAAGCUAUGCUGAGCUCAGUGAGGCGGCUCUCCCAUCCAGUGUCAGCAAAGGAAACAGCUGAUUGAGGAAGAUGAAGUGAAACUCGGAUCUGCUUCGUCCGGGAGAACUGCCCCCAAACCCAAGGAUGGGGGCACUGAGGGCCAGAGGCAGGAAGGUGGCUAUCAGAGUCCUCCUAGAUCUCCAAGAGCUAGAGGCAGCACCUGAACACAUACCAGAGGCUGUGUUCCAGAGUUUCUAGGAGCUGGGGGAGGGGAGCACAGGGGAAA